AUGCCAUCCGAACCUGGCGCAGCAUUGGGCAAGAUCUUCACUAUUUGUGCUAGUUCCGAAGCUGUCACCUCUUCAAAGUCGUCACUUUUGACAGGGGACCAUCUUCAAGCCAAAGCAAGCACAUCUUGGGCUCAGGACAGUGACUUUUCUGACCGUGAAGUUGCUGUUUCACCUGCCCCUGCAAACACAAGUCUUUUGAAAGAGAGCAGCAGCCUGCCUCCAUGGCUCACUGCCUGUGAAAGCAAAGUUUUUGAUAACCAAAUGAAGAUACUAGUCGAGCUGAAGAGCAUGAGGACACUGCUGACUGCGAACAAAUCAACUAGAGUUUUAGUGUUGCCCGAAGACUGCCCGACAAUACCUGCUUCAACAGUGGCAGAUGUUCAAGCCAUUGAAGAGUACCUUUCCUCCCAAGAACACAUGGAGCUGCUGACAAACUACUGUUCAAGAUUUGGCGGCACAGACUUCCAGGACACGGUGCGAAUACUUUUGCGAAACUUGAUGACCAAAGCAGCAUCUUUGCAAUUCAGCUGGAAAGGCUCUCGUGGCAGGAAGAACGCAUUUGCUGAGCUUAAGAACAUUAACAACAUGAUCCUGGCCUGCCUUAGAGCUCAUUACCCCGAACAAGCAUCUCUCACGAAGUGCAGCGUUGUGGUAAAGCGCUGGCUCAUUGGUGCCCAAGAUCGUGAAGGCGGCCGAAACCGGAGGCGCCAGUCGUCUCAAGCAGGAGUGGCAAACACACUCUUGGAGGAAUAAGUGAAGCACUACCUUGUUCACAACCGUUGUUUUUUUUCACAGCCGAAUGAAGCUGUGUAUUUGUAAAUAUGUAUAUUUUUCAAUAAAUGGGUAGCCCAUUGCCAAA